AUGUAUGUAACAGAUGAUGUAGAAAGCAUGAAGAUAAGGGUAGAGAAAGUGGUUGAAACAGGUAAAGUCGGUGAAGAACAUGUUACCGGUGAAGAAGAGCGUGAAGCUUUUAACAAAUGGACACAAGGGUUCACUUGUCAAGACCAUCCCUCUGUAAUCCUGCUCCGAGUAUCUGCCAUCAUGACCAAUGCACCAAUCAUCUUGACUCUGGACUGUGACAUGUACUCCAAUGACAUCCAAACACUUCACCGUAUGUUAUGCUACAUUACCGAUUCCCCAAGUCGGCCAAACUUGGGGUAUAUUCAGUUUCCCCAACGCUUUCAUGGCCUGAACGAAGCUGAUAUCUAUGCAUGCGAGCUCAAACGUGUGUUUCAAGUCCAACCAGUUGGAAUGGAUGGGCUCUCCGGGCCUAGUCAUUUCGGAACAGGAUGCUUUUUUCGGCGUCGGGUUUUUUUUGGUGCUCCAUCGUCAUUUCUCCCACCUGAAUUUCCUGAACUGAGCCCGGACCACGUCGUUGAAAAGCCCAUCAAGGCCCAACCUAUUUUGGCACUAGUGCAUCUUGUAGCUGGUUGCAAUUAUGAAAACCAAACCAAUUGGGGUUCCAAGACCAAGCGGUGGUCCGUCGGCCUCCUUGAGGUAGCCUUCUCCAAGUAUUGUCCUGUAACAUUUGGUGCCCAGGCCAUGGGCCCUCUAAUGGGUCUGAAUUAUGCACACUUAGCCUUCAUGCCCAUAUGGUCUAUUCCAAUAACCACUUACGCAUUCCUAGCUCAGCUGGCUCUCCUCAAUAAAGUCUGGAUAUUUCCCAAGGUCUUGGAUUUAUGGUUUGUGUUGCACGUUUUUCUAUUUCUUGGGGCCUAUGCACAAGAUUGCCUUGACUUCAUCUUAGCCGAAGGUACUAUCCAAAGGUGGUGGAGUGAUCAGAGGAUGUGGAUCAUAAGGGGACUUUCACCUUAUUUGUUUGGAUUAAUCGAGUUCGUGACCAAAAACUUGGGUGUCACGACACAGCAAUUCAAUGUAACCAGCAAAGUAGUUGACGAUGAACACAGCAAAAGGUAUGAUCAAGGGACCUUUGAGUUUGGUGUUCCGUCGCCCAUGUUUGUGCCUCUAGCAAUGGCAGCAACAAUCAAUUUGGUCGCGUUCCUCAGGGGACUACUUGAAGUUUGCAGUGGUGGAAAUGUAGAUGGAUCGUUUGUGCAAAUGUUUAUGGCUGGUUUUGGGAUAGUGAAUUGCUUUCCAAUUUAUGAAGCCAUGGUCUUGAGGACUGACAAAGGAAGGAUGCCUAUUAAGACCACCAUCAUUUCUAUAUUUCUGUCAUGGGCUCUUUACACCACAACUUCUCUCAUAAUGAAGAUAUGA